UCGCUCCAACUCUUCCUAGAACACAACCUCUCAUCACCAAAAUUAAUUAAGCACUUUGUUUUUUCAAUGGCUCUGAUUUUGAUCAUACCCAUCGCGCUCAUCACCCUUUACGUGUGUCACGCAGUGUACCAGCGGCUAAGGUUCAAGCUCCCUCCGGGGCCACGGCCUUGGCCGGUUGUCGGUAACCUCUACGACAUAAAACCGGUUCGGUUCCGGUGCUUCGCGGAGUGGGCCCAGUGGUACGGGCCCAUCAUAUCGGUUUGGUUCGGUUCGACGCUAAACGUGAUCGUUUCGAACUCUGAGUUGGCGAAGGAGGUGCUGAAGGAGCAGGAUCAGCACCUGGCGGACCGCCACCGGAGCCGGUCGGCGGCGAAGUUCAGCAGAGACGGGAAGGAUCUCAUUUGGGCCGAUUAUGGGCCGCACUACGUGAAGGUGAGGAAGGUUUGCACGCUUGAGCUUUUCUCCCCGAAGCGUCUCGAGGCCCUCAGGCCCAUUAGGGAGGAUGAGGUGACGGCCAUGGUUGAGUCCAUUUACCACGACUGCACCCAUUCUGAAAAUUUGGGGAAAGGUGUAUUGGUGAAGAAGCACUUGGGGGCUGUGGCAUUCAACAACAUCACGAGGUUGGCAUUUGGGAAAAGAUUUGUGAACUCAGAUGGUGUGAUGGAUGAUCAAGGAGUAGAAUUCAAGGCUAUUGUGUCAAAUGGGUUAAAGCUAGGAGCGUCUUUAGCUAUGGCAGAGCACAUUCCUUGGCUACGAUGGAUGUUCCCACUGGAAGAAGAAGCUUUUGCCAAGCACGGAGCUCGCCGUGACAGACUCACCAGAGCCAUCAUGGAAGAGCACACUGAAGCACGCAAGAAAUCUGGUGGUGCCAAGCAACAUUUUGUAGAUGCCCUCCUCACAUUGCAAGACAAAUAUGACCUUAGUGAAGACACCAUCAUUGGUCUCCUUUGGGACAUGAUCACAGCAGGGAUGGACACAACUGCAAUCUCUGUGGAGUGGGCCAUGGCAGAGUUGAUAAGAAACCCAAGGGUGCAACAAAAGGCCCAAGAGGAGCUAGACAAAGUGAUUGGGCUUGAGAGGGUGAUGACGGAAGCCGACUUUUCAAACCUACCUUACCUUCAAUGCGUGGCGAAGGAGGCACUGAGGCUUCACCCACCAACCCCACUAAUGCUUCCACACCGUGCUAAUGCCAAUGUCAAAGUUGGAGGGUACGAUAUUCCCAAAGGGUCCAACGUGCAUGUAAACGUGUGGGCCGUGGCCCGUGACCCAGCUGUGUGGAAGGAUCCACUAGAGUUCCGACCCGAGAGGUUCCUUGAGGAGGAUGUGGACAUGAAGGGGCAUGACUUCAGGCUACUUCCAUUUGGGGCGGGCCGAAGGGUAUGCCCGGGGGCCCAACUCGGAAUCAACUUGGUGACAUCCAUGUUGGGCCACCUAUUGCACCAUUUCUGUUGGAGCCCACUUGAGGGAAUGAAGCCCGAGGAUAUUGACAUGGGGGAGAAUCCUGGGUUGGUCACAUACAUGAGGACCCCACUACAGGCUCUGCCUUCUCCUAGGCUCCCCUCUCACUUGUACAAACGUGUCCCUGCUGAGAUCUAAUCUUUCUUUUCUUGUUCCAAUCUUGCUCUUUGUUGCAUUCACAAAAUUAAUUUCCUUAUCGACACUAUUUCUACCAUUUUGUCUAUGUAACUACAUUUGAAAUUACUCUUUAAAGAACUAAGGUAAAAGUUGGAGCCAAUAUGUCUUUUUCCUUGUAAUAUUUUCUAUUAAAAUAAGUUAAAUGGGAAGAGAGUUCACUGGAA